CGCGGGGGCGGGGUCACCUGAAACCCGUUUCUGAUCGCUUAUUGAUCCGCGCACCAGCGGUACCGGCUGUGUUAGCGGGGCUAUCGGAUCUCUCCUUCAUCGCGAAUCGUCGGCUAGUGACGGGAGAAUGCUCCGUGUGACAGCGGCUGUGUGUCGGUCCUGGAGGGGGUUUAAAACGUGGCCCUGUGCAGCUGUGGAGGUGAAAAAUGAGCCCAUCCUGGGUUUCAAAGAGGGCAGCCCCGAGCGAGCCGAGCUGCUGAAGGCCUUGGAGAGCCUGAAGGGGAAGACGGAGGAGAUCCCGUGUGUGGUGGGGGACGAGCAUGUGUGGACCAAAGACAUCAGAUACCAGCUCUCUCCCUUCAAUCACUCACACAAGGUGGCAAAGUUCUGCUAUGCUGACAAGGAGCUCAUCAACAAAGCCAUUGUGGCGUCUGUGGCGGCGAGGAAGGAGUGGGACCUGAAGCCUGUCGAGGACCGAGCCCAGAUCCUCUUCAAGGCCGCCGAUGUCAUCAGCGGACCCAGGAGAGCCGAGAUCCUGGCCAAGACCAUGAUCGGACAGGGGAAAACGGUGGUGCAGGCGGAGAUCGAUGCCGCCGCAGAGCUCAUCGACUUCUUCAGAUUUAACGCCAAACACGCCAUUGAGCUGCAGAACCAGCAGCCGAUGGACGCGGAGGGAAGCACCAACACCACGCUGUAUCGGGGGCUGGAGGGGUUUGUAGCUGCCGUGGCUCCUUUUAACUUCACUGCCAUUGGUGGGAAUCUGGCGGGAACCCCGGCUCUGAUGGGUAACGUCGUUCUCUGGAAGCCCAGUGACACCGCCAUGUCUGCCAGCUACGCUGUGUACAGAAUCCUGAGGGAGUGCGGCAUGCCGCCAAACGUCAUCCAGUUCCUGCCCGCUGACGGCCCCGUGUUCGGAGACACCAUCACCUCCUCGGUGCACCUGGCAGGCGUCAACUUCACCGGCAGUGUGCCGACCUUUAAGCGUCUUUGGAAGCAGGUCGCUCAGAACCUGGACAUCUACAGGACCUUCCCUCGACUGGCAGGAGAGUGCGGCGGGAAGAAUUUCCACUUCGUCCACACGUCAGCGGACGUCUACAGCGUGGUGACGGGGACGGUUCGCUCGGCGUUCGAGUACGGAGGUCAGAAGUGUUCGGCCUGCUCGAGGAUGUACGUACCUGACAGCAUGUGGCCGCGGAUCAAAGAACAGCUGGUCGACAUCCACAAGAGCAUCAAAGUGGGCGAUCCCGUCGAGGACUUCAGCACCUUUUUCUCAGCUGUGAUUGACGACAAGUCAUUUGGUCGUAUAAAGAAGUGGCUCGAACACGCCAAGUCGUCCCCGAACCUGAACGUCAUCGCCGGAGGAAAGUGUGACGAUAAGAAGGGCUACUUCGUGGAGCCGACCAUCAUCGAGACCAAAGACCCGCGGGACGCCAUCAUGAACGAGGAGAUCUUCGGGCCCGUCCUCACCGUUUACGUUUAUCCUGAGAAGGACUACAAAGAGGUGCUGCGGCUGAUUGACAGCACGUCGCCGUAUGCGCUGACGGGAGCCGUGUUCGCCAAGGACGAGAAGGUGAUCGAGGAGGCGUCCAAAGCUUUGAGAAACGCCGCGGGAAACUACUACAUCAACGACAAAUCCACGGGCUCCAUCGUGGCUCAGCAGCCAUUCGGGGGCGCCAGAGCUUCAGGUACGAACGACAAACCCGGAGGUCCUCACUACGUCCUCAGAUGGACGUCUCCACAGACGGUGAAGCGCACCCACGUCCCCCUCACAGAGUGGAAGUACCCCUACAUGGGCUGAGGUGGAGCCCGUCCAUCCGCCUGUCUGUCCGUCAGCCGAGCCCACGCUCGGCCCGAUCGUCCCCUCGUCUUCGUCCCGCUGCACUGAACCUGGACAUGAAUGUAACCUCAGACACCGCCUGAUCAUCGACUUGCAGCUCGUUAAUCAGUACUCUGAGCUUAGUUUGUCUUCCAUUAUAACAGCUGCCUUAUUAAUCAGUCAUAACCUGCUAGAGUCAUCAAGCAGCCUGUGAGGACGUCACAGCUGCUGCUGUUCAGGUUUGUGACUCAAGUCUGCCGAGCUGAUUAGUUCACUGAUGGAUCCGUGUCUUAUGAUUGGUUAAUGGGUUUUUAGCUUCUUAAUGUGUGAAAAUGAGUCCGUUUAUCAGGUAGUAAAUGUGUUUUCAUUAGUUUGAAGUAAUUUAAGACUCGUUUCUAACUGGCUUUGUCUCAGAUCUGCAUCUGAUCCCUGUUUUAGUUUUUUCUAUUUCUGCGUCUGAGCUCAUUUCCUGUGCGGCAUAGAAAUAACUUCCUGUUUGGCACGGACGAUGAGAAUCACCUGCAGCAGAUAUUUGAGCUCACACUGACCCCAGCGUCCCUGCUGGCCUGAACUCUGACCCGUGACUUUGAAUCAGAGGUGUGUUUUCAGCCUCUGCAGUCAGAUGGAGAGUUUUGGACAAUAAAUAACAAUUUGAUCUUU